GGGAGGCCUCCGGCCGCGAUUCGUGUUUGCCUGCUGGGGUCUGGCGCGCGGGCUGACGGCGGGGGCGGGGGCGGUGCGCACCGGGCUCGGCGGGAGCCGCCAUGUCGUGGAGGCUGCCCAAAGAUUCCGCAAGAGGAUGCUCUCAACAGAACAUCUGCAGAGGAGAGAGAAACUAUUCCAGUUUUUCCUCUUCUGACUUUUACUCCAGACUUGGGUUGGAAGACUUCAUCUCUGUAGAUGACACCUCUGGAACAGAGGAGGAUACAGACUCAGCUGUCUUAUAUGGAACUUUGCGAGGAAGUGUUGUUGGAUUACGAUACUACACGGGGAUUGUUAAUAACAAUGAAAUGGUUGCACUUCAGAGGGAGCCCAAUAAUCCUUAUGAUAAAAAUGCAGUGAAAGUAAAUAAUGUGAAUGGAGACCAGGUAGGCCAUAUAAAAAAAGAACUAGCAGCAGCAUUGGCAGGCAUUAUGGACAACAAACUAGCAUUAAUUGAAGGGGUUGUCCCUUACGGAGCGAAAAAUACCUUUACCAUGCCUGUACAGAUGAGCUUUUGGGGAAGAGACGAGAACAAGGAAGCAGUGCUAGAUCAUCUAAAAAGGCACGGAUUUAAAUUGGCUCCUCCUCUAAAAGUAGGUUCAGAAUGUGGUUUUGGAUCAAAGUGGAUUUCUGGGAGAGCUGGUCCAAGUUACAGCGCACCGGUUCAUGCUGCUGUGCAGUUGACAGCUGAACAGCUUAAAAGUGAAUUUGACAAAUUGUUUGAGGAUCUGAAGGAAGAUGAUAAAAGUUGUGAAAUGGAAGGAGCAGAGGCUGUUGGCACACUUUUGCUUCCCCAUCAGAAGCAGGCUUUGGCUUGGAUGGUUUCACGUGAGAACAGUAAUGAUUUGCCACCGUUUUGGGAAGAGAGAAAUAACUUCUAUUACAAUAUACUUACAAAUUUUGCAGAAAAGCAGCGACCUAAAAAUGUUCUUGGAGGAAUACUGGCUGAUGACAUGGGGCUGGGUAAAACGCUUACUACUAUUGCAUUGAUUCUCACAAAUUUUCAAGAUGGCAAGCCUCUUCCUGUUGAAAAGAUCACAAGUGAUAAGUGUUACGAGGAAUCUCGUACUAACAGCAUGAACAGCGUUGGACGCGGACUAUGUAAAGACUCUAGCAAUGUGAAGGAGCCUGGUGCUUCUAACAUAAAAAAGUCUGAAACUACACCGUUGAAAUACUCAAGCUGUAUUCCCAAAAGGGAUAAAGCCAAGAAGCCCAGAUAUUCAGGAAGCAGUGAUCUGGGAGAGUCUGAAGAAUGGCUACCACAACAAACAGAAACAACCUCUUGUCAUGUCCAAGAAGACAGUGGCUUUGCAUCUGCUCUUCUAUCUGCAUCUACUUGUUUAAAAAGACAAACAAAGAGAAAAGGUACCACUAGUGUUCAGUCAGUUGAGAAGAAAUACUCUGAUGUUGGCCCCAGAGCAACACUGAUUGUAUGUCCACUGUCUGUCCUAAGCAACUGGAUUGACCAGUUUGAACAACAUAUCCGCCAAGAUUUUCAUGUAAAUAUUUAUGUUUAUUAUGGUUCUGACCGUAGCAAAGACCCAUCAGUUCUUUCAGAACAAGACAUCGUUCUGACAACGUACAACAUCUUAGCUACUGAUUACGGAAUCAGAGGUGACAGCCCUUUACACAAAGUCAAAUGGCUGAGAAUUGUGCUGGAUGAAGGGCACACUAUACGAAACCCAAAUGCUCAGCAAACUAAAGCUGCCUUAAAUCUGGAGGGACACAGAAGAUGGGUACUUACAGGCACUCCUAUCCAGAAUUCUGUAAAGGAUUUGUGGUCUCUUAUUUCCUUCUUAAAACUGAAACCUUUUACUGAUCGAGAGUGGUGGCACAGAACAAUUCAACGUCCAGUCACAAUGGGAGCUCAAGGAGGACUUGGGCGUUUACAGUCUCUGAUUAGGAGUAUUACCCUUAGAAGAACUAAAACAAGUAAAGUUAAAGGAAAACCCAUUUUGGAGUUACCAGAACGUAAAGUACUUAUUCAGCAUGUUACGCUGACAGAGGAAGAGAGACAAAUCUAUCAGUCUGUGAAGAAGGAGGGCAAAGCUGCUAUUAGCAGAUUUUUCAGUGAAGGGACUGUGCUAGCUCACUAUGCUGACAUCCUUGGUGUCCUGCUCAGAUUGAGGCAGCUUUGUUGCCAUCCUCAUCUUUGUAUAAAUACAUCUUCCUCUAGUUUUUCAGCUGAUAAUAAAACUCCUGAAGAACUGCGUGAGACAUUAGUGAGUAAAAUGAAGUUGGUUCUGAGCUCUGGUUCAGAUGAAGAAUGUGCAGUUUGCUUGGAAUCACUGACUCUUCCUGUGAUAACACGCUGUGCGCAUGUGUUUUGCAAGCCAUGUAUUUUUGAAGUCAUCAGAAGUGAACAGCCAAAUGCCAAAUGCCCUCUCUGUAGGAAUGAGCUUCGAGUAGAGCAGUUGGUGGAAUGUCCCCUAGAAGAGGAAAUAGACACCAAUAAUGGAAAAAAGUCUGAUCAGGAGUGGAUAUCCAGUUCAAAGAUAAACGCUCUCAUGCAUGCUUUGAUAGAACUCCGGAGGGAUAAUCCAACUGCUAAAUGUCUGGUGGUUUCUCAGUUCACAACUUUCCUGUCACUGAUAGAAAAUCCCUUGAAAGAAUCAGGGUUUGCCUUUACUCGUUUGGAUGGGUCAAUGGCACAGAAGAAAAGAGCAGAAGCAAUUCAGUGUUUCCAAAGCAGCCAAGCAGGAUCCCCAACUGUAAUGCUUUUGUCUCUGAAAGCAGGUGGAGUUGGAUUAAAUCUGACAGCAGCUUCCCGAGUGUUUUUAAUGGAUCCUGCUUGGAAUCCUGCUGCGGAAGACCAGUGUUUUGACAGGUGUCACAGGUUGGGUCAGAAGCAUGAUGUUGUUAUUACAAAGUUCAUUGUGAAGGAUUCAGUGGAAGAAAAUAUGCUGAAAAUUCAGAACAAGAAGAGGGAACUUGCAGCAGGAGCCUUUGCUACCAAAAAGCCUUCAGCAAGUGAAGCAAAACAAACCAAAAUUAAUGAAAUUAAGGCUCUUAUUGAUUUAUAGCUUGAAACUGUGGUAUUUUGAGUAAAUAAUAUAUUUAAUACUUUAGUUAAUACUGCUCUUCAAUUUACGUCUCAUGCUAACUUCUAGUUUUGGUGUCUUUAUGGUCAAAACAUAAAUGCCUCAAAUAAAUUAUAAAAACUAAUUUGCUCCUAAAUGUUAAUUUAGAAAUGCACAAACUUGAUUUGCACUCCUGAGAUCUUUCCAGUGUUCAUUUCUUCAAAAUGUUGCUUAUUACGGCAAUGCUUAAGACUACAUUAGAAAUCCAUAAAAAAAAUAAAUGCAUAUUCGUGCAUCGUAACUUGCAAGAAUUGAAUCUCUUUUUAGAGGUGGAAAGGUAACAGAGUAAAUAACGUGCUGCACUUGAGACAAAACCCUUGAGAAAUUAAUUAGCUUUAUGUUUCAGUCUCAGUGUUCCUGAUAACCAAACAGAUCAUCUGGAUUGUUUUUUUUCAGUGAUCUCUUCAUAAGGAAUUCUUACUUUUGUAUGCAAUGUUCAAAGAUGGUAUUUAAUUCAAAAUCUUAAAGUAUUUUUUUACUAUUUCUGAAUAAUACAGAGAUGCAGCAGGGAGUUCCUCUGUUGAUGACUUCCCAUGAGCUAGUAAAAAUGAAGUACUUAAAUUUGUAUAACACUUUCUUUUAAUAUUUUACUUCCUUUAACAGGAUUCCACUAACUUCUGUAACAGUAAAAGUUUUGUGAUUUGGAUAAAAUCAUAGGCUCGUAUUGAUAACGUGCUUUCCAAUACUUUCACACAAUACGAUUGCGCUAUGUGCAAAGUAGAAUAUGACCCACUCACUUGUCACUGAAUCAGUUAUCCCUUGCAAAAUAAAUUAAACAAAACAAAUUAUUUUAAUACCUGCCAGCUUUCUAACACUUGUCGUGCACUGCUAAGUGCUUCUCCAAUCCCAUAGAUAUGUCUUAAUGGAGUGCUGAUCUGGAUGCAUCUUGAUUUAUAGAGGAAGAACUUAGUAAACAACUUGUGUUUGUGUACUGCAAAGUAAUAAAUAGCACUGAAGAAUCUCAGUGCAGUAUUAGUUGAA